UAACAAACAGAGAAACGUCAUAGAAGUGAGUGAAGAAGGAGAGUUGUAUUUUCUCCAUUUUCACGUACAGAAAACAAUCCAGUAGUAAAUUUUCAAGCGUAAAGCGCGUCCCGAAUAAUGUUUGAUAUUACCUUUUGUGGUUUUUUACUGCUAUUAAGUACGUUUCACAACGUGGUUGAGGCGUCAACGUACCAUGUAGAGAUAAAGUCAACUGCGCCAGCGGUGAUAGGCGCUCGGAUAAAUUUCACUGCGGAGUUAUACCAGGACGGAAAAAUCGCUCCGCGGAGGCAAUACAACUUCAGGUGGUCGGACAGUGCAUUCCCCAAACAUACGCAAAGUGUCGAAACAGAAGAACCCUUUUCAAACUUCUCUGUGAUUUAUGAUAAAUCUAAAUACCCGGCCAGAACGUACGAAAUGCGAGUUGAUGUCGAUCGAUAUUUUGUUGGGUUUUAUGUUAACGUAGCCGUGGGGUCACUCCUGUUUGAUAUAAAUCCACUGCUAAGUGGAAACCUAACUUUAACACAAAACGGCAAGGAAAGACCGAAUGACUUUGUCGCCAUAAAAGUACCGACUAACCAAACGAUUACCCUAUCUCCCUCUGACGCGGAAUUUAUAAGAAACGCCACCCAAAUAACGACAUAUUGGUUCCGCAAUUGCACCUAUUUGGGUCCGACGGCUGGAUUAUCGUCACUGAACAGUUAUGACAAGGAAAAUGAAUCAUACGAAUUAGAGGCUUUAGUAGAAGUGUCAUUUGAGAAAAUUGAGCCAACAACAACAGCGCCGCCCCCAACAACUACAACAACAACUAAAAGUACCUCGGCUGCACCAGUCACAUCGCCUUCUCCCGCUCCCACGCCAACAUCCGUGCCAACAACUGCAGCACCAGCUGCUAAGUCAUCAGAUGAAAAGAAUAGUAACACAGUUACUACUAUAUCACCAAAAAGCGAAGGCAGUGGGAGGCGUAAACGCGAAGCGGAAACUAAUUCAACAAUUGCGGUUAAGACAGAUGUUAAGACAACAGUGAAACCUAAACCAAUUGAAAAAGAGAUAUCGGCAUCAGGGGAGGAAAUCGAAGUGAAGCAAUCUGCUUUCAACACGACCGACAAACCGAUCAUAGAAACUACUACAGUGAGCAGAUCAAUUGAUGAAAAUUUCCGAAAUCAUCCUGGUUCAUGUUUGAAUUUUUCCGACUUUUACCAUGACCCUAACAAGACGUACGGUUAUUUCAGACGAGAAUUUAAAGCGAUAAUGCCAGUGAACAAUGUAACGAUAACAGGAGGUGGUUGGCUACAGUACGGAGAACUUCUUCAUUUGCAAGUAAAAUGCUUGGGAACGAAACCAUUCAAAUAUUGCAUUAAGAUUUUUGAAGGCCCUUACAACACUACCGGCAAUGAGAAGUGCACCGCCACCGUAGAUCUAGAUCCUUGUGAAUUCACUUUCCAGCAUCUUUUCCAAUUAAGUACAACCAAAACAAUUGCUAUCAUCAUAGAAAAUGACUACAAUAAAGUCGUUUCGCAAAUUGCUGUGAAUUUUUACAAAGCGAAGAAACAAUCUCAACUAUCUGUAAUAGUUGUGCCUGUAUCGUUCAGUCUAGUUGCCGUCAUCCUAGUAGUUUUCGGGGUAGCGUAUUACAUACAGAAUAAGAAUAGAUACAUUAUAGAGGUAGCAGAUUUCAACUUCGGCGACUCACAAUCAGUAGAUAUGGAGUACAAAACUUUCCAGGCCAGACUUCUGGACAGCAUUCGAGAAGUCAUACCGUGGCCGCGCCGACAUGUAGACAACGAAACGGCCGAAUCUCACUCCGGGGAUGAUAGCUCAAUCAAAUAUGGCUCGAUGACGUAAGAAGGCGAUAGCAAAGUAUUAAGAUUAAUGAAAGUAGAGAUACAUUGGUAGAUAAAAAAGGCAUAUUAUAAUACAUAUAAUUACUGAGGAAUCUUAUACAUAUAUAUUAAUACCCCUAAGCAAAAUGAUCACCAUUUAUAUAUUAUGGUUGUAAUAUAGACUGCAGACAUUACAUAAAUAUUCACAUAGCUCCUAAGUAUACGUAUUUCAUACAACUAACUCUACAACGGUCUAUCGUGAACAAAGAAAAUUUUGCAAAAGUAACUACUUAAUCUGCAAAACACUGUCCAUAAAGAAAAAACAAAAGUUGUUUCUAAAAUUGAACCCUACUUAUUGCAACAAAACUGAAGGGAGCCAACUGCAAAAUGAUAAAGGUCAAUCUAAAGCAAUAGAUUAGCUCGUGGCAAAGGGGUUUUUACUAUUAAUUCCAAACUGCCGUUUCGAUGCUACCUUAAAAUUUCUAAUAAAUGAAGUUCGUUACUCGAUGCGUAUUGCAGUUGCUAAGCCAUAUUUAGAAAUUUCAGAAGAACAUAGCGGGCCAGCUUCCCACUUAAGUUAUUGACUACACAUUGAAUCGUCGUUGGCAUUGAAAUGGCGCCGUAUUGUGAUCUUUUUAUAUAUUUGGUAGUUUAAAUUUUAUAUUUAUUUGAUAGAUAAUUAACAAAAAGAAGCUUUUUCCCUCCCGAUGGUUUUUUAUUCUUCUAAUCUGAAUUGUUGUACAUAUAGAAAGUAAUUGGAUCAAUGCAAAUGUUAAAUUUUGGGUCAAUUACUAUGUAAUACAAAAACUGCAAGCCAAUCACUUUUUAAUCAUGCGCCAAUCUUCUUGCAGAAAAGAAAAUUGAAUGCAUGCAAUAUGCAAAGUUGUACAUCCGUUAUUACUCAGCCC